AUGCUUAAGAGAAUUGAAUCGGCUAGAAUUUUGGCAUAUUUCCCCACACCUUCUAUAAGUCAUCAAGUCGUAUUCAGACCCAUUACACAAGAACUAGCUAGAAGAGGACAUGAAGUUGUUGUUGUCACGACAGACCCAGUCUUCCCGAAGGGUAAAACGCCAGCAAAUCUAACUGAAAUAGACGUUCACGACAUAUCAUAUAAAAGUUGGAAAGAAUUUUUAGAAAUGAAGCAAGGCAAGAAAGAUGACAUAUGGUUGCAAAUUGAAGUCAUGAUUGAAAAACUAGCCACAAUUUUUGAAUUGCAAAUGCAAGUUCCUGAAGUAAGAGAAGUUGUUGAUAAAGAACGAAAAUAUUACGAUUUAUUAUUGCUUGAAGCUUGUCAUAAACCUGUAUUAGCAUUAAUACAUAAGUUAGAUAUUCCUGCUAUUCAAAUAAGUUCCUUUGGAGCUCUUGAUUACCAUUAUGAAGCUAUGGGGUCACCUAUACAUCCAAUUUUAUAUCCUACACCUAUAAGACAGAGGUUAUACAACCUGUCUUUUUUCGAAAAGGUCAUGGAAUAUUAUGCAUACCUAAAAUUUCAACGGUUGCAAUCAAAAACCAUUGAAUAUGAUAAUUUUAUUGUUAAAAGAAUAUUUGGGGAAGAAGUUCCACUGGUUGAAGAAUUACAACAUAGAGUUAAAAUGUUAUUUGUAAAUGAACAUCCGAUUUGGAGUGACAAUCAUCCUGUUCCUCCAAAUAUUGUUUCUAUAGGAGGAAUUCAUAGUAGACCACCAAUGGAAUUACCUCAGGAAUUAAAAGAAUAUUUAGAUUCCUCAAAGAAUGGGAUAAUAUAUAUAAGUUUUGGUACUAAUGUGCUACCAUCACUGUUACCACCUGAAAAAAUAAGAAUAAUGACAACUGUAUUGUCAAAAUUACCUUACGAUGUUCUAUGGAAAUGGGAUAAAGAUGAACUUCCAGGAAAGUCAAAAAACAUUAAAAUAGCAAAAUGGUUCCCACAGGCAGAUUUGCUGAAACAUCCAAAAAUAAAACUUUUUAUAACACAAGGCGGCUUACAAUCUACUGACGAAGCUAUAAAUGCUGCAGUGCCUUUAUGUGGUAUACCUAUAAUCGGUGAUCAAUGGUAUAACGCAGAAAAAUACGUUCGUCAUAAAAUAGGCAAACAGUUGGAAAUAGAAAAACUCACAGAGACAGAAUUUGAAGAAGCUGUUAAAAGUUUGAUUGAAGAUAAAAGCUAUAAGAACAAUAUUUUAAGACUGAGGUCUCUUAUGAGGGAUCAUCCUAUAAGCCCUUUAAACCUCAGUAUAUUUUGGAUUGAACAUGUCAUCAAGUAUGGAGGAGACCAUCUUGAGCCGCCAGCAGCUCAUAUGUCAUGGAUUGAAUACUACGAAGUGGUUAUAAUUAUUUUGUUGAUGCUUAAAAGAAUUGAAUCGGCUAGAAUUUUAGCAUAUUUCCCCACACCUUCUAUAAGUCAUCAAGUCGUAUUCAGACCCAUUACACAAGAACUAGCUAGAAGAGGACAUGAAGUUGUUGUUGUCACGACAGACCCAGUCUUCCCGAAGGGUAAAACACCAGCAAAUCUAACUGAAAUAGACGUUCACGACAUAUCAUAUGAAAGUUGGAAAGAAUUUUUAGAAAUGAAGCAAGGAAAGAAAGAAGACCUAUGGCGACAAAUGGAAGUAGCGAUGGAAAGACUUGCCACUAUUUUUGAUUUGCAAAUGCAAGUUCCUGAAGUAAAAGAAGUUGUAGAUAAAGAGGGAAAAUAUUACGAUUUAUUAUUGCUUGAAGCUUGUCACAAAUCAGUUAUGGGAUUAAUGCAUAAGUUAGAUAUUCCUGCUAUUCAAAUAAGUUCCUUUGGAGCCUUUGAUUACCAUUAUGAAGCUUUGGGGUCACCAAUACAUCCAAUUUUAUAUCCUGCUCCUAUAAGGCAGAGGUUAUACAACCUAACUUUUAUCGAAAAGGUCAUGGAAUAUCAUGCACACCUAAAAUUUCAAUGGUUGCAAUCUAAAACCACUGAAUAUGAUAAUGUUAUUGUUAAAAAAAUAUUUGGAAAAGACGUUCCACCAGUAGAAGAAUUACAAAAUAGAGUUAAAAUGUUAUUUGUGAAUGAACAUAAGAUUUGGAGUGACAAUCAUCCUGUCUCUUCAAAUAUUAUUUUUAUCGGAGGAAUUCAUACUAGUCCAUCAAAACAGUUACCUCAAGAAUUAAAAGAAUAUUUGGAUUCCUCUAAAAAUGGGAUAAUUUAUGUAAGUUUUGGUACUAACGUACUACCAUCACUGUUACCACCUGAAAAAAUAAGAAUAAUGACAACCGUAUUGUCAAAAUUACCUUACGAUGUUCUAUGGAAAUGGGAUAAAGAUGUACUUCCAGGAAAGUCAAAAAACAUUAAAAUUGCAAAAUGGUUCCCACAGGCAGAUUUGCUAAAACAUCCAAAUAUAAAACUUUUUAUAACACAAGGCGGCUUACAAUCUACUGACGAAGCUAUAAAUGCUGCAGUGCCGUUAUGUGGUAUACCUAUAAUCGGUGAUCAAUGGUAUAAUGCAGAAAAAUAUGUUCGUCAUAAAAUAGGCAAACAGUUGGAAAUAGAAAAACUCACAGAGACAGAAUUUGAAGAAGCUGUUAAAAGUUUGAUUGAAGAUAAAAGCUAUAAGAACAAUAUUUUAAGACUGAGGUCUCUUAUGAGGGAUCAUCCCAUAAGCCCUUUAAAUCUCAGUAUAUUUUGGAUUGAACAUGUCAUCAAGUAUGGAGGAGACCAUCUUGAGCCGCCAGCAGCUCAUAUGGGAAUGGAAGGUGCGAGAAUUUUAGCAUAUUUCCCCACACCUUCUAUAAGUCAUCAAGUCGUAUUCAGACCCAUUACACAAGAACUAGCUAGAAGAGGACAUGAAGUUGUUGUUGUCACGACAGACCCAGCCUUCCCGAAAGGUCAAACACUAGCAAAUCUAACUGAAAUAGACGUUCACGACUUAUCAUAUGAAAGUUGGCAAGAAUUUUUGAAUAUUAAGCAAGGAAACAAAGAAAAUAUUUGGUCACAAAUGAAGCUUAUUUCGGAAAGGUUUGCUUUUGUCUUCUACUUACAAAUGCAAAAUCCUAAAGUACAGGAAAUUAUUGGAAAGGACAGAAAAUUUUACGACUUAUUAUUAAUUGAAGCUUGUCAGAAGACUGCUUUGGGUUUAAUUCAUAAAUUUGAUGCUCCUGCUAUCCAGUUAAGUUCCUUUGGCGCUUUUCAUUUCCAUUAUGGAGCUCUGGGAGCACCUAUUCAUCCAAUUUUAUAUCCGGUACCCGCCAGACAGAGGUUAUACAAUCUUACUCUAAUAGAAAGGGUCAUGGAAUAUUAUGCACACUUAAAAAUUUAUAACAUAUUCUCUGAUACUAUGAAAUAUGACAAUUAUAUUGUUAAAAAAAUAUUUGGGGAAGAAGUUCCACUAGUUGAAGAAUUACAAAAUAGAGUUAAAAUGUUAUUUGUAAAUGAACAUCCGAUUUGGAGUGACAAUCGUCCUGUUCCGCCAAAUAUUAUAUUUAUGGGAGGCAUUCAGCAAAUCCCAACGAAGGAAUUACCGAAGGAGCUCAAAGAAUAUUUGGACAAAUCUAAAAAUGGUGUUAUAUAUAUCAGCUUUGGAACAAACGUGAUACCCUCGCUUCUGCCGCAAGAGAAAAUUAAAAUUAUGACAACCGUAUUGUCAAAAUUACCUUACGAUGUUCUAUGGAAAUGGGAUAAAGAUGAACUUCCAGGAAAGUCAAAAAACAUAAAAAUUGCAAAAUGGUUCCCACAACCCGAUCUGCUCAAACAUCCAAGAGUCAAACUUUUUAUCACACAAGCAGGAUUACAAUCUACUGAUGAAGCGAUAAAUGCUGCAGUUCCUGUUAUCGGUAUGCCCGUUUUAGGUGACCAAUGGUACAAUGCAGAAAAAUACGUCCAUCAUAAAAUAGGAAAACAGUUAGAAAUUGCAAAACUUACGGCCGUGGAAUUCGAAGAGGCAAUUAAAACUCUAAUUGAAGAUAUUACCUAUAAAAAUAAUAUUCUGAAACUGAGGUCUCUUAUGAGGGAUUAUCCCAUAAGCCCUUUAAAUCUCAGUGUAUUUUGGAUUGAACAUGUCAUCAAGUAUGGAGGAGACCAUCUUGAGCCGCCAGCAGCUCAUAUGUCAUGGAUUGAAUACUACGAAGUGAAACUUAUUUUAAUAGGGAUGGAUAGGGUUUCUUCGGUAAAAAUGAGCAACAUAGAUAGAUUAACACCCGGAGCUACUUUAAAGAGGGAUUUCCUCUCGCCUCCAGAAGUUCAUUAA